AAUAGCAGGAGGGGUAGAAGCUUACUCAGUCUAUUAUCAAAGCUCUGCUAAUGUAGCUUCUGAGUCAUGUGACUGCAGAAAAGGCUAUUAUCUCAAUGAAAAGGAAACCGGUUUUUAGAGCAAGCAGUAGAAUAGAAGCAGGAAGAAUUUUCGAGUGUUCCACCAUGCUGGAUUGUCAAAGGGGGAUCUGUCUGUGAUCAGCAGCUAAAAAAGGAUUUGUGUGGCUAGUUUGUCAGCUAUCGUUGCAAGCAAACGAUAGAGGAGAUGAGCAGCGGGGUGCUCAGCAUGUGCUUGGUCUUACAUCAAGACAUAAUGUGGGUUUGGGUUAAUAGAGAUUUAUCUCUGAGGCAAUACAUUUAUUGCUAAUUGGCGAGGGUUGUAGUCUCUAUUGAGGAGAGAUGUAUGGUAUUUGUAUUUACAUCACUGGUGAAGAUAAAGAGACCUGCUGAGCUCUCACUUGAACUGCAGAGGCUGUGGACAAUUACAAGUUGCUGAUAAUGUGUUCAAGAUGAGUGGGAUGGGAGAAAAUACCUCUGAUCCGGCCAGGGCAGAGACAAGAAAGCGAAAGGAAUGUUCUGACCAGCUUGGACCCAGCCCCAAAAGGAGCACUGAGAAACGUAAUCGUGAACAGGAAAAUAAAUAUAUAGAAGAACUUGCAGAGCUGAUUUUUGCAAAUUUUAAUGAUAUAGACAACUUUAACUUCAAACCUGACAAAUGUGCAAUCUUAAAAGAAACUGUGAAGCAAAUUCGUCAGAUCAAAGAACAAGAGAAAGCAGCAGCUGCCAACAUAGAUGAAGUGCAGAAGUCAGACGUAUCAUCCACAGGGCAGGGUGUCAUCGACAAGGAUGCGCUGGGGCCCAUGAUGCUUGAGGCCCUGGAUGGGUUCUUCUUUGUAGUGAAUCUGGAAGGCAACGUGGUGUUUGUUUCAGAGAAUGUGACACAGUAUCUAAGGUAUAACCAAGAAGAGCUGAUGAACAAAAGUGUAUAUAGCAUCCUGCAUGUUGGGGACCACACUGAAUUUGUCAAAAACCUGCUGCCAAAGUCUAUAGUAAAUGGGGGAUCUUGGUCUGGAGAAGCUCCCAGGCGGAACAGCCAUACUUUCAACUGUCGGAUGCUGGUAAAACCUCUACCCGAAUCAGAAGAGGAAGGUCAUGAUAACCAGGAAGCACAUCAGAAAUAUGAAACUAUGCAGUGCUUUGCUGUCUCUCAACCAAAGUCCAUCAAAGAAGAAGGAGAAGAUUUGCAGUCCUGCUUGAUUUGUGUGGCAAGAAGAGUCCCCAUGAAGGAAAGACCAGUUCUUCCCUCAUCAGAAAGUUUUACUACUCGUCAGGAUCUCCAAGGCAAGAUCACUUCUCUGGAUACUAGUACCAUGAGAGCAGCCAUGAAACCAGGCUGGGAGGAUCUGGUGAGAAGGUGCAUCCAGAAGUUCCAUGCACAGCAUGAAGGGGAAUCUGUGUCCUACGCUAAGAGGCAUCAUCAUGAAGUACUGAGACAAGGAUUGGCAUUCAGUCAGAUCUAUCGUUUCUCCCUGUCCGAUGGCACUCUUGUUGCUGCGCAAACGAAGAGCAAACUGAUCCGUUCUCAGACUACUAAUGAGCCUCAGCUUGUAAUAUCUUUACACAUGCUUCACAGAGAGCAGAACAUAUGUGUAAUGAAUCCGGAUCUGACUGGACAAGCAAUGGGGAAGCCAUUGAAUCCAAUUAGCUCUAGCAGCCCUGCCCAUCAGGCCAUGUGCACUGGGAACCCAGGUCAGGACAUGACCCUCAGUAGCAAUAUAAAUUUUCCCAUAAAUGGCCCAAAGGAACAAAUGGGCAUGCCCAUGGGCAGGUUUGGUGGUUCUGGGGGAAUGAACCAUGUGUCAGGCAUGCAAGCAACCACUCCUCAGGGUAGUAACUAUGCACUCAAAAUGAACAGUCCCUCACAGAGCAGCCCUGGCAUGAAUCCAGGGCAGCCCAACUCCAUGCUCUCACCAAGGCAUCGCAUGAGCCCCGGAGUGGCUGGCAGUCCUCGCAUCCCACCCAGUCAGUUUUCCCCUGCAGGAAGCUUGCAUUCCCCCGUGGGAGUCUGCAGCAGCACAGGAAAUAGCCAUAGUUAUACCAACAGUUCCCUCAAUGCACUUCAGGCCCUCAGCGAGGGGCACGGGGUCUCAUUAGGGUCAUCGUUGGCUUCACCAGACCUAAAAAUGGGCAAUUUGCAAAACUCCCCAGUUAAUAUGAAUCCUCCCCCACUCAACAAGAUGGGAAGCUUGGACUCCAAAGACUGUUUUGGACUUUAUGGGGAGCCAUCGGAAGGCACAACUGGACAGUCUGAGAGCACCUGCCAUCCUGGAGAACAGAAAGAGACAAACGAUUCCAGCAUGUCCCAGGGGGCAAGUGGUGAGAGAGCCGAGGGACAGAACAGGUUGCACGACAGCAAAGGGCAGACCAAGCUCCUGCAGCUGCUGACCACCAAGUCUGACCAGGUGGAGCCUUCACCCUUACCCAACUCUUUGUCGGAUACAAACAAGGACUCCACAGGUAGCUUGCCCAGCUCUGGAUCCACCCAUGGGACCUCACUCAAGGAGAAGCAUAAAAUUUUGCACAGACUCUUGCAGGACAGCAGUUCCCCUGUGGACUUAGCCAAGCUAACAGCGGAAGCCACAGGCAAAGAACUAAGUCAAGAGUCCACCAGCACAGCUCCUGGGUCAGAAGUGACUAUUAAACAAGAGCCAGUGAGCCCCAAGAAGAAAGAAAAUGCACUACUUCGCUAUUUGCUAGAUAAAGAUGAUACUAAAGAUAUUGGUUUACCAGAAAUAACCCCCAAACUUGAGCGACUGGACAGUAAGACAGACCCUGCCAGUAACACAAAGCUAAUAGCUAUGAAAACUGAGAAGGAGGAGAUGAGCUUUGAGCCCAGUGACCAGCCUGGCAGUGAGCUGGACAACUUGGAGGAGAUUUUGGAUGAUUUGCAGAAUAGUCAAUUACCACAGCUUUUCCCAGACACGAGGCCAGGCGCCCCUGCUGGAUCAGUUGACAAGCAAGCCAUCAUCAAUGACCUCAUGCAGCUCACAGCUGAAAACAGCCCGGUUACACCUGUUGGAACCCAGAAAACAGCAUUGCGAAUUUCACAGAGCACUUUUAAUAACCCACGACCAGGGCAACUGGGCAGGUUAUUGCCAAACCAGAAUUUACCACUUGACAUCACAUUGCAGAGCCCAACUGGUGCUGGACCUUUCCCACCAAUCAGAAACAGUAGUCCCUACUCAGUGAUACCUCAGCCAGGAAUGAUGGGUAACCAAGGGAUGAUAGGAAACCAAGGCAACUUAGGGAAUGGUAGCACAGGGAUGAUGGGUAGUAAUGCUUCCCGGCCCACCAUGCCAUCUGGGGAAUGGGCAUCGCAGAGUUCAGCUGUCAGAGUCACCUGUGCUGCUACCACCAGUGCCAUGAACCGGCCAAUCCAAGGAGGUAUGAUUCGGAACCCAACAGCUAGCAUCCCCAUGAGACCCAACAGCCAGCCUGGCCAAAGACAGAUGCUUCAGUCUCAGGUCAUGAACAUAGGGCCAUCUGAAUUGGAGAUGAAUAUGGGGGGACCUCAGUAUAGCCAACAGCAAGCUCCUCCAAAUCAGACUGCCCCAUGGCCUGAAAGCAUCCUACCUAUAGACCAGGCAUCCUUUGCCAGCCAGAACAGGCAGCCGUUUGGCAGCUCUCCCGAUGACCUGCUGUGUCCACAUCCUGCAACAGAGUCUCCGAGUGAUGAGGGAGCUCUCCUAGACCAGCUCUACCUGGCCUUGCGGAACUUUGACGGCCUUGAGGAGAUCGAUAGAGCCUUGGGGAUACCUGAGCUGGUCAGCCAGAGCCAAGCAGUAGAUCCAGAACAGUUCUCAAGUCAGGAUUCCAACAUUAUGCUGGAGCAGAAGGCCCCUGUUUUCCCGCAGCAGUACGCAUCUCAGGCACAAAUGGCCCAGGGUAGCUAUACACCCAUGCAAGAGCCAAACUUUCACGCCAUGGGACAGCGUCCAAGUUAUGCCACACUCCGCAUGCAGCCCAGACCAGGCCUCAGGCCCACAGGCCUGGUGCAGAACCAGCCAAAUCAACUGAGACUUCAGCUUCAGCAUCGCCUUCAAGCACAGCAGAAUCGCCAGCCUCUUAUGAAUCAAAUCAGCAAUGUUUCCAAUGUGAACUUGACUCUCAGGCCUGGAGUACCAACACAGGCACCUAUUAACGCUCAGAUGCUGGCCCAAAGACAGAGGGAAAUCCUGAACCAGCAUCUUCGACAGAGACAAAUGCAUCAGCAACAGCAAGUCCAGCAACGAACUUUGAUGAUGAGAGGACAAGGGUUGAAUAUGACCCCAAGCAUGGUGGCUCCUAGUGGUUUACCAGCAACCAUGAGCAAUCCCCGGAUUCCCCAGGCAAAUGCCCAGCAAUUUCCAUUUCCUCCAAACUACGGAAUAAGUCAGCAACCUGAUCCAGGCUUUACUGGGGCUACGACUCCCCAGAGUCCUCUAAUGUCACCCCGAAUGGCACAUACGCAGAGCCCCAUGAUGCAGCAGUCUCAGGCCAACCCAGCCUAUCAGGCCCCCUCAGACAUGAAUGGAUGGGCACAGGGGAGCAUGGGUGGAAGCAGCAUGUUUUCACAGCAGUCUCCACCACACUUUGGGCAGCAAGCAAACACCAGCAUGUACAAUAACAAUAUGAACAUCAAUGUAUCCAUGGCGACCAACACGGGUGGCAUGAGCACCAUGAACCAGAUGACUGGACAGAUCAGCAUGACCUCAGUGACCUCCGUGCCUACGUCGGGGCUGUCUUCCAUGGGUCCUGAGCAGGUAAAUGAUCCUGCUCUGAGGGGAGGCAGCCUUUUCCCAAACCAGCUGCCUGGAAUGGAUAUGAUCAAGCAGGAGGGAGAUGCAUCACGGAAAUACUGCUGACCCUGCAGGGAGCUGGCCGCUGCUUCCCUCAGCUGACCAGGCGUACUUGGUCACAACACCUCCCGGUCUGGAGAGCUGCGUCUCUGUGGACCCUGAUCUGCCUGCAGCUCUCCCAGAGCCUCCGAGCAGAUGGGCUGGGCCCUGCUCCCGGGGGGCCGCCACAGAAGCCACCUCUUCUCUUGCUGGUCUGAAGCUCGCUCCAGACAGUUGCUCAGUCUGUUCACUGCAUUCACCUUAGUGCAAUUUAGAUCUCUCCUGCAAAGUAAAUGUUGACAGGCAAAUUUCAUACCCAUGUCAGAUUGAAUGUAUUUAAAUGUAUGUAUUUAAGGAGAACCGUGCUCUUGUUCUGUUCCUGUUUGGUUCCAGACACUGGUUUCUUGCUUUGUUCCUUGGCUAAUCAGUCAAAUGCAGAAGAUUAGGAUUUCAUCUAGGGGCAAGCAAAUAAUGUUUUAAAAAUCAAACUAAAGGUGUUUUAAGCUAAAACCUCCAUUUGGGAUGGAAGCAGGGCAGACACCGCAGACAGCGCUGUAUACAGACACACCCGUAAGUGAAGACUGAAGUCACAGUUGUAUCUUUGCAGAAAGCUCUUUAGACCUUGUUGGAAAGAGUUUCUGGUUCCUGAACAGGCAAAAAGGAGCCUGUGAGAGGGCUGUUGAUAUUCUCGUUUUGUUUCAACUUUUUCUGUUAAAAUUAAAUUAAUUCACCUAAAUUGUGAAUCAAUAAGUAUUUUUCAUUUCUAAAUUAAGUUCCCUCUAGGUUGGUCACACAGCUUGAAUUAGCCUCUCUCCUUCCUCUGACCCUGACUCUUCUUUCCCUCUUUGCUUUGCCCUGUUCCCUCUAAUUUCCUGAAAUGUUUUGCCAGCCACUUACCAAUUGCUAAAUAUUGGAUUUCAGAAAAAUACAUUUACUGGCAAGGAGAGGAGCAAAGUUAAGACUUGAUACCAGUCAAGCUACGGCUACUGCUUUGGAAGCAUGUUUAUUCUGUUCCCCCAGCAACUCGGGCCUCCAAAAUGGGAGAAAAAUCCAUAUAUUGAAAUUGACCGCAGAUAUCACGACAGAUUUAACCUCUGCCAUGUGUUUUUUAUUUUGUUUUUUAGCAAUGCUAAGCCGAAGUUUUAUAAGGUACAUAAAAAUCCAAUUUAUAUGUAAACAAGCAAUAAUUUAAGUUGAGAACUUAAGUGUUUUAAUUGUAUAAUUUUUGUGAGGUAUACAUAUUGUGGAAUUGACUCAAAAAUGAGGUACUUCAGUAUUAAAUUAGAUUAUCUUCAUAGCAAUGUCUCCUAAAGGUGUUUUGUAAAGGAUAUCAAUGCCUUGAUUAGACCUAAUUUGUAGACUUAAGACUUUAUUUUCUAAACCUCGUGAUUCUGCUCAUCAAUCAUGUAUCUAAUCUAUAUGAUAUGCAGCCGCUGUAGGAACCAAUUCUUGAUUUUUAUAUGUUUAUAUUCUUUCUUAAUGAACCUUAGAAAGACUACAUGAUACUAAGUAGGCCACUUUUAGGGUUGUUUUUCUUGCCCACUCUGGUAGGGAAAUAAUCUUUUAUUAAUUGGUAUCAGUUUCCAACAACUGCAAAUACCAAGGAACUGAUUACCUUUUUUGAGCUAAUUCUCUCCAUCCCCAAUACACAUACUUUCUUACCUAAAUUUAAGAAUGGUAUCUUUUUGAUGUCUAAAAAGCAAAGUAUUUUAUAAUAUCUCAUUAGCCAGGCUUUUUAGGAACAGAAGUUUUUCCUUGAAAUUUGAUUGCUUAUAUGUGGCAGGGUGAAAAAUGUACAAACUACCCCUAUUUAUAUUUAUAUAUCUCUAUAUGUACCAAGUAUGGAAAUAUAGGAAGAGAUAUAGCCCAAUGAUAAAUGGUAAGUAGAGGUCUGAAAGUGUUGCUCCAUAGUAAACUUUCUGGAAAUUGGCAUUUCAAUACUGUUUUCCACUUUGAGAGGGAUCUCAGUCCAGGGAGCUGGCCAAGAAACAGCACUUCUCGGCGGCCACCAGUCAAUACAUCCCUUCAAGAGGCUCUGCUGUUCCCCACCAAACCAGUAGGUGGCCCAGGCUGACGACAAACGUGAAAGAGGUGGGCCCGGAACUCCAUGGUUUUAUCCCAGCGAUGAGGUUCAUGCGCUGCAUAGUUCAGCGUGACCCCUUGUGAGUUCAUUUUUAGAAAUGCAUGAGUUGGAGUGACUCUUAACUUCACACAGGACAAAAGAGAAAAUGGUGUUUUAACCGGAUUUAAGUCUUUUUUCACUAACACCAUCCAAAAGAAGCCUGUGUUCUUUCAUUGUUACCCAUCUGCCCACUGUGUUUUAACAUCAGUCCCAACUCAGACAAAUCUGCAGAGCUGUGAGACUGGCAGUUUAGAAUAAUUCAUGAUCAUUACUGUCUUGAAGGAAAGAGAUUAUAAAUUAAAUUCUCUUAGGGUUCAGAUCAGGUAGUGGAUUUUGUUUUACAUCUAAUUAGGAGAAGAAAAUAAGUGAAGGUCCUCUGAUCAUAUUGAUCACUAUCGAAGCAAAAGCCAAAUCAACUCCCUUCAUUAUCAGUAUUUCUCAUGCUGUACACAAUAAAUUUGUUAGACUGAGUACUUGGUUUUUGUUGAUAGAACAAAUAAUCAGUGUUUUACUUAUAUUACUAAAUGUGAAAAACAUAAUGUGAAAAGUAUACAUACAUUAACUUGGUUGUAAAACCCAUUAAGUGUUCAUGUAACGUGGUAAGUUUAAAAGUGAAGUGAGCUGUUUUACUACAAUGAAUUCGUUUGACUCAAAGAUUAAAAAGCCCCUCUCCCGAUGUGUAUCUCUUAUGGCCUGUAAUAAUUGAAAGCAAUGUUUUUGCAAUUUAUAUAAUGCAGUUUUUAAUCUGUGUUUAAAAAUGGAGUUCAUAUGGGCUUAACACAUGAACUGGGUGGCACAGAUCCACUUGCAGAACCCAAAAAAAAAAAAC